UUUAGGUGAUGUAAUUACUUUAUAAUUUGGUUAUAUCAUCUUUUUCAGGAGCUGAAGAGUUAAAUUAUCCCAUUUCUUUACUCCCUUCAUCAGAAGGAUAUGUAGAGAAGGUAGAGGAUAUUUCCUAACCUUGAUUUGCAAAAUUUCCCUCCUAAGCUCCUGUCUAGGGCAAGUUCUGUUACUUUUUGUUAAUUUCAGAAAUCGUAAGGAUUCCUUCAGUUUCGAUGAUAGAGUGGCUGAUAACACUACAUCGACUAACUCGUACAUGCUUGACUGCUGAGAUUGUCAUUGUGCUGCAUGAGAACCUCUUAGAUCUAAAGUUCUUAUAUUUUAAAAGUAAUGGAAUCUGUCAGAGUGAAGUUUUCGGGAUGAAUGGAUCAAUCAGAAAUGGCAAUCAAAUCUCACUGCCUUCCUAACUCGAUAACUUUCUGGAGGUUUCUCCCAUUGAGGAAGAAAUAAGUCAGUUUGAUCUCAUUCCUGACUGUAGGUAGCAUGUGAAAUAAAUUUCUUGUAAUACUACUAAACUUUAAUAGCUUCAUCAUGUCGUAACAGGCCCUGGAAAUUUAUUGAUUGAACAUUGACACAGGUUAAUAGCCCUCUUAAAAUCUUUAACUUGCGUUUAGAAGUGCAGGAGGAUAUUAAGAGUGAGAGAUAUUUUGUUCUAUUGGAGAUAUUUUCUCCAACCUCUUUCACAAAAUUUGGUCGAGGUUCUUUGUCAAAUCUAAAUGGAUCAAAAUUCCUCCAUAAGGAGCCUUAUUUUCUUCACAAUUGUAUUUAUUGAGAGUGCUUUGGAGAAUAUUUGAGUUGAUUUCAGAUAGUUUUUGUAAAGCAGAAAGUUCAUUCUUUUUGACCUUGUCUCUAAUUUUCUGAGU